CGCUGCGUUGUAGGGCAACCAGAGCGGGAAAAUACCAGUGUUCUGCACAAAUAGCACCGUGCAGUAGAAAGAGCAAAAUCAGAGUGAGAACCAGAGAGUGAAACUGAGAAGAAGAAAAAGAAGAAGAAGAGAUGGCGCCAAUCGUUCAGAGCUCUCAACCAUGGGUCGAAAAAUACCGCCCAAAGCAAGUGAAAGACGUCGCUUACCAAGAUGAAGUUGUUCGAGUCCUCACCAACACUCUCGAAACCGGAAGCUGCCCUCACAUGCUCUUCUAUGGUCCCCCCGGUACCGGAAAAACCACCACUGCGCUCGCAAUUGCGCACCAGCUUUUCGGGCCUGAGCUGUAUAAGUCCAGGGUGCUGGAGCUCAAUGCUAGUGAUGAUCGCGGGAUUAACGUUGUUCGGACUAAGAUUAAGGAUUUUGCUGCUGUGGCUGUUGGUACUAACCCUAAGAAAGGUGGUUAUCCUUGUCCACCAUAUAAGAUUAUUGUUCUAGAUGAGGCCGAUUCGAUGACCGAAGAUGCUCAGAAUGCCCUGAGGCGUACUAUGGAAACUUACUCUAAAGUUACAAGGUUCUUUUUUAUAUGCAACUACAUUAGCAGGAUUAUAGAACCACUUGCUUCAAGGUGUGCAAAAUUCAGGUUCAAGCCAUUGUCAGAAGAAAUCAUGAGCAGCCGCAUAUUAUACAUCUGUAAUGAAGAAGGAAUCCAUCUUGAUGCUGAGGGUCUUUCUACCCUUAGUUCUAUUUCUCAAGGAGAUCUUCGUCGGGCCAUCACAUACUUGCAGUCUUCUGCUCGCUUAUUUGGUUCUCACAUUUCUUCAAAGGACCUGAUUUCUGUGUCUGGGGUUGUUCCAGAAAAUGUUGUGGAGGCAAUUCUUAAAGCAUGUAAGAGUGGUAAUUUUGAUUUAGCCAACAAGGAAGUUAAUAAUUUCAUUGCAGAGGGGUAUCCAGCCUCUCAGUUGCUAACUCAGUUAUUUGAUGCCAUUGUUGAAGAAAAAGGCACAUCUGAUAAACAGAAGGCAAGAAUAUGCAAGAAGCUGGGUGAAGCAGAUAAGUGCCUAGUUGAUGGAGCUGAUGAAUACUUGCAGCUUCUUGAUGUGAUCAGCAAUACAACGAAAGCCUUUUGCGACAUGCCAGAAGGGUUAUCUUACGAGGGUUAAAUAUUCGAUUAUCAGCUUGUUAAAUCAAGAAGAGUUACUUAUUCUGCUGUAAAGAAAUCAAAUUUGCGCUCUGUUGAUUUUUAAAGUAUUCAUCCAGGGAAAUUGUACGCAAGAAUUCUAAAUGCUACUAUGCUAGCAUAGGACACUCCUGACUGCAAAAUUACGGCUGCAGCUGAUGAAAUGAAUAUAUAACUAGAAUUUUGCUGUA